AUGUUUUCUCUUCGCUUCUCGCCUGCUUCGGCUGCCGCCCGCCUGUCUGAGACCGGUCCGCAGUCCUGGGUUAAAGUCCCUACCCCCGCCAACGCCAGCACCCUCGUGGCCUCGCUCGGCUCCUUUCUUCGUCGCGUCACCCAUCCUUUCGCAGCAGCCGUCACAACCGCUGUUCGUCCUAUCCUCCGCUUCCUCCGUGCCACGGCGCCCCCCGCGAUGCUUGUCGAAAGCUCGUCUCCUCGUCAAUCCCCCAAGACUGGAGCUUCUCGACCCUCGAUCACGGUGCCGUCCUCUUCUCUUGGAUCUGGCUCGGUUUCCGUUUCCUGCCUGGAGGACCCCUUUGUGGACGCUGUUUCUCCUUCUUCGGAUUUGCCCAUCCGGUCUUCUGGGUCGCCUAUCCGAUCUCCUCCUGACUUCGAACAGUUGAUGGCCUUUGCCGACCGUCAGAUCAACCUGGCUCGUGCUUACACCGCGAGUCGAAGACCUGCCCCCGUUGCAGUUGCCCCCUCUCCCCGGACCCCGGAACCCAGGACCCCAGAACCCAGGACUCCCUCUCCUGCGACUUCCUCGCCUCCCGUGACUUCCUCGUCUCCCGAGUCUGCCUCGCCCUCCUGUGAUCCGUUCGCGCCUCCUUGUACCCCUCCCCCUCGUGAGAUGGAUACCCUCGAUCGCAGCGUUGAAAGGCAACGGCUCCGCGCCCGGGAGCUCAGCGCAGAGGCCAAGGCGAAGUUCGCGCAACUCCGGGCUCUUAUAGCCGAUUGGCCACCUCCCAAAAGGUACGCGCCCUCCUACGACUACAGCACGGAUUCUCCUACGCCGCAUACCAUUUCGAACUGGGACUCCACCCUGGAAGAGGAUCGGAUUUCCGAAUACUCCUGGACCAAGGGCGCUUUUCCUGUCGCCCCCGAGGAGGUCCCGGGAGCUUUGGCAGAAUGGGAAACGUCUUUUAGUUCCCCUGGUUCUUCUGCUUCCCCUGGCUCCCCUGGUUCCCCUGGCUCCCCUGGUUCCUCUGGUUCCCCUGGCUCCCCUGGUUCCUCUGGUUCCCCUGGUUCCCCUGGUUCCCCUGGCUCCGUUGGUUCCCCUGGUUCCCCUGGUUCCCCUGGCUCCGUUGGUUCCCCUGGAUCUCCUGGAUCUCCUGGAUCUUCUGGUUCGAUCUCUUCCUUGUUGGAGCUUUACGGUUCUCGUUCGCCCCCGCCAGUGCCCGCGCCCGCACCCGCUCCUGAGCCUGAGUUUGUUCUUGUCACGACCAAGAUCCGGGCUUUUAACGGCACGAUGCUCAGGAUCACCCGCCGCGUCCCUCGGUCUUAG